AUGGCUAAUCAGAAUUGGAGAGAGAAGCUCCGCAAUGUGGCCGCAGACAUGCUCGCAGCCAUCGCACAUCUGCACCCUCCACGCCCAUUGUCGGUGCGGCUUGUCUCCGCGGCGGCAGACGUGCUUCAGCUGCAGGAGAGUGUCAAUGCCUCGUUAGAAGAUGCAAUCAAGAGAGAAAGAGAAUGGAGAAGGCUUGCCGAAACGCGUAUUUCGCGUCUUGCGGAGAAAUUGGAAGCCGCCGAGAACGUCUCAAUAGCAUUGCAACUGGAGGUCAACGCACUGAAGAGACGGGAAGCGCAAGCUCCACAAACGAAAUUCGAAUCCCAGCAGAAAACCCUGCAAGUAGAUGCUCUUUUUAAAUGGAAGAGAAAAGAAAAUGAGGUGGAAGAAAACUUUUUGAAUGCCGCUCCUUCAAAGAGGAUGCGUACAUCCACAGACGAGGAGGUCAUUGAACCAGCAGCAUUCUCUUCUCCCUGUGAGGACUCUGAAGCCGAUGAAGAGUACGUUAUCAAGGCAGCUGAACAUCCCUUAUCAGCUGAGGGGCUUUCAGCUUCUCUGAAAUCAAAAGGCCAGGGACAGGAUACUCAAAAAGCACCAUUACAUCUGCCGUCUAAACGCGUUCGCCCUCAAAUAUCUCUUCCUGUCACACCGCCGCGCAAGCCGCUACCACCAUUGCCCACUUUAGAGGACGUAGAGCGUGAUUGGAGAUUUCAGAAGGCUGAAAAGCGGGCCAAAGACAACUACAAACCGUUACCAUGCGCGAAAUGCAAACUGAGAAAACGAGCAGUCAUGCUUCGCCAAGAUGGUUACAUAAAAGAAGCGGUUUUCGAACGCUGGACUAAGAAGCCAGGCAAUUGUUUGGACUAUAUGCAUCAAGACGAGAGCGUGCCGGAGGGAAAAUAUGAUUAUUCGCUUACGUUCAAGGAGACAGAAACACAACCCCCAUGA